AUGCUGGAGACCUACAGGAACCUCAUUGCUAUAGGCUACAAUUGGGAAGACCAUAAUAUUGAAGAACAUUGUCAAAGUGAUAGAAGACAUGGAAGGCAUGACAGAAGUCCUGCUGGAGAGAAAUCCUAUGAAUAUACACAAUGGGUGAAAGCCUUCACAUAUCACAGUCAUCGUCAAAAGCAUGAAAGAAUUAAAACUCGAGAGAAACCCUCUGAAGGCUUUCAACAGAGUGAAGCUCUUGCAUGUCAUAGUAGUCUCCAAAUACAUGAAAGAACAGAUACUGGAAAGAAACCCUACAAAUGUAAUCAAUGUGAUAAAGCCUUUUUACAACACAGGUAUCUUCGGAUACAUGAAAGAACACAUACUGGAGAGAAACCCUACAAAUGUAAUCAGUGUGAUAAAACCUAUACACGAAAGAGUCAUCUCCAAAUACAUGAAAGCACACAUACUGGAGAAAAACCCUAUGAAUGUAAUCAAUGUGGUAAAGCCUUUGCACUUCAGUCUACUUUGACCAUGCACAAAAGAACACAUACGCAAGAGAAACCCUAUGAAUGUAAUCAUUGUGGUAAAGCCUUUGCAUAUCAUUCUGCUUUGGCCAUGCAUAAAAGAACACAUACUGGAGAGAAACCCUAUAAAUGUAAUCAGUGUGGAAAAUCCUUUGCACAAGGAAGUCAUCUCUGA